CCAAAAGUUAAACGACGUCCUUGGGCACGGGCCAAAGCAAUAGGUAUAUCUUCCUCCACGCUCAGUAACAAUGCCACCCCAUAACCCUGAAUAUUGUCAGCGCCCUGAUCUUCAGUUUUCACAAUGAUACGCCCGUCAAUUAGUCAGAUUCAGCUGUCACUGAACUUGACCUACUUCCCUUCUUGUGAUUUGUUGCUCGAUCUCCAUCUCAAGAAUGAGCGGCCCGAGACCCGAUUUGGCGUGCAAUAGCUCAAGAGCACCCGGCUGGUCGAUGUAUGCGCUUAAAAUGAUCCGUAGGCACGGCUUCUUGACCGGGGGGAUGGGGAUAUCGAUCCUGGUGAUAGUUGGGAAGUGAUCUAGGUAUAGCGUAUCCAAAGAUGGAUUGAUAUAUGCCUUUCUGCAUCUCUCGCCGAACUCAUUGGUGGUAUGGUUGACAUAUCUUGACCAGACAUUACACUCAUAGUAGUGCCUCAAUGUCUCCUGUCGGGUUUCGCUGUUGAUGCGCAGGGUUACAGGCAGCUCGCGGUAGUCAUGGAUUCUGCCAACGCCAGGGCUUGAAAUUGUGAUGGUUUUUGGCUCCCAUGUGUGGCGGUAAAUCAUGAACCGAAGUUCGAGUGGAAGUUUUUGAAGAGGCGUGAAUGCGAUUGAAGUUGAAGGGUCCGCUACCGUACUGUCUCCUGCUUCUGGAGAACCAUUUGUUGUGUUGCCCGUGGUGUCGUCAGGUGGGGCACUCAUCUUGGGCGAGGGUACCACGGAGGAAUAGGUGUUGAUAAGGGCUUGAGAAGACAGGAAGUAUUAAAGCGAGAGUGCACCCAUGUUGGCAGUGCAGUUUGAGACUAGGUCACAUCUGAAGAUGACACCGAUAUGUUUGAAAGUUUGAUUCUCGAGUCACAGCCCGGCUGUUGAUGUAGUUGGUAGGUUUGGAUAUGCUGAUAAAAAGCCAAGAAAACGAGACAGCGUGAAGCCUAGUUUCUCAAAUCGCCGAAAAUCGCGAAACAGGAGCACGCCGCAAGAACAUCAGAAACGGUUGAGAAACCGAUGCUCUGGGCUGAGGUGGAUGAGUUGACGUUGGAAGAAGCUACUGGGGUCGCCGUUGACAAUUUUGAUUGGUUAGUUCAACGUCGAAUCGCGUGCGCACCGACACCCGCCCGAUAUCCGAGCCCGGCGCUGGGAAUGGUGGAGACCAAUGACAUGACCGCCAUCAGGUCUCACAAGCACGCAAUCGACUAAGGAUGCAUGGCAGACAGAUGACUCUGAAGAGGCUUCAGAUCACGACUUCCGAAAAUGGCGAUAUCUCAGUAUUGUAGACCCAAUAUAUUGGGCUAUCUGCCUUUCGCACCUGGCGCUUUUCUUCUACCUCUCCCACUCCGCGCGUUUUUGGCUUUGAAGCGGUUUGUGCACCGGACCCUGCGUUAAUCGUUACGUCGACACCGGUUCACCAAACUUGCAGGAGCGCCGCCUCUGCACAACACAUUAGGGUUCCUUCAUCCGAGGAACUCCAUUCUCACUCAGAGCCUUCCACCAUGGCGGACGCCACAAGUUACAAGAAGCCGCCCGUCGACAACGACACGUAUUCCGACCAUGUCGACAGUGAAGCCGCCAGCGAGGUCUACGAUGAGAACGGUUCUCUACUCAGCGGAAAGACGGGGAGCAGCCUUGGAUAUGGAGUCCCAGACUCGAGAAAAAUUGGUGUCACAGGUGCUGUCUUCUUGAUCCUCAACAAGAUGAUCGGCACCGGCAUAUUCUCCACACCGUCCAGUAUUUUCGCUUCGACCGGUUCGGUUGGCAUCAGUAUUCUCUUGUGGGCAGUCGCAGGACUUCUCACUCUGUCCGGUCUCAGUGUCUACCUCGAAUUUGGCCUUGCUAUUCCACGCUCUGGAGGCGAGAAGAACUACCUGGAACGUGUAUUCCGGAAACCGCCAUUUCUCAUCACAAGCGUCUUUGCUGUCCAGAUGAUCUUGCUCGGGUUUUCUGCUGGCAACUCUCUUGCAUUCGGUCGAUAUGUGCUGCUAGCAUGCGGUCACCCUAUGCCUGAUGGCUUGGUUCCACGGAUAAUCGCCGUCGCCUGUAUGACAUUCGUCGUGCUCCUCCACGCAAUCAAACCCACAUGGGGCCUGCGACUUACCAACGCACUCGGGGUCUUCAAGGUGCUGGUUUUGUUGCUCAUUGUCUUCGCUGGAUUUGCGGCAUUGGCAGGAUACCGCUUGAUCCCGGACCCUCACAACUUCGACAACUUUUGGGCCAUCGAAAAGGGGGAUGGGUAUGGCGGUGGCGGGGCCUAUGCGUAUGCUACCGCUCUCCUGCAGGUUGUUUACAGCUACAAGGGGUGGGAAAACGCCAAUUAUGUCAUGGGAGAACUCAAGAAUCCCCAGAGAACACUGAAAAUUGCGGCGCCUCUCGCGGUCAUUGGCGUUACCAUCCUGUAUGUGUUGGCGAAUGUGGCUUAUUUUGCGGCUAUUCCAAAGGCCGAGCUGGCAAAGUCCGAGGUUAUUGUUGCUGGCCUCUUCUUCCGCAACAUGUUUGGAGAGAGCGUCGCCGCCAGGAGCUUGCCGGCUUUCGUCGCCCUAAGCAAUAUCGGGAAUGUUCUCGCCGUCAGCUUCGCCCACUCCCGUGUCAACCAGGAGUUGGCAAAGGAGGGAAUCCUACCAUGGAGCAACUUUUGGGCUUCUACCAAGCCCUUCCGGACCCCUGCUGCAGCGCUGUUUUUGCAUUGGAUCGUCACCGUUAUUGUGCUCGUUGCACCCCCUCCCGGCCCGGCCUACAACUUCAUUGUCAAUCUGUACACAUACCCAGGAGCAUGGAUCAACACCAUGGUUGCUGGUGGGCUUAUUUACCUGCAGUUCAAAAAGUCCGAGAACUGGUCGUCGCCGUGGCGCACGUGGCUUCCGGUCACCAUUGUGUACCUCCUACUCAACAUUUUCCUUGCCAUCACACCCUUCAUCCCACCAAACAGCGACUGGAACGCCGAUGGCUAUCCAUACUACGCAUUCCCUCUCGUGGGAAUUGCCAUUUUGCUGCUGGGCGUGGUGUAUUGGGGGGUGUGGACCAAGCUUUUACCAAAGCUUGGUGGCUACACUAUUGUGGCGGAGAUGGUUAUUGAUGAGACGGGCGAAGAAGUGAUGAGAUAUCACAAGGUUCCAACAACAGGUCCCAGGGAGGCGACGGCGCAACCGCUCCUGUGGGACGGAAAUGCCAGUCUCCAUAGCGGUUAUGGUUCGCUGUGACGAUGGCGUGAGGACAUGAGCGUUUACGAAUUAUGAAUGAGACGAUGAAUGGGACAUGAGAUAAGGACUGUCUUUGCAUAUAUAUGGCGCAGGGUUUACUUUCAACGGCAUAGCAUUAUAUUAUUGGCUGGGGUACGGACUUUCAACAUCGUUUGGGCAUGGGACGGGAUAAUGCGAUAGAACUAUUGGAACACAACAAAGAUUUCAACUUUCUUUCUCUGA